UGUGACUGUCUGUCUCAUGGCUGUCCUCCUCAGACGUGGGCUCUUCGCCCUGCAUCAUGCCUUUGGGCAAGGCAGCAGCUCAGUCUGCUCCUCUGCACUGCCUGCUGCUUUUCUAGGUAACGAUGGACAUCUUCGUUUGGCCUGAGCACGCUCCUUGUCCAGGCAAUCCAUUUUAUUUGGGUGGACCCUCUACAGAAGAAAUAAUAAAUUCAUAAUUAUUUUUGUGGUCCCCAACUCCUUAAAAGUAGCUGUUGUCUGUGUAAAUAAGCCUUAAAACAGAUUUGUGUAAACUUCCUGUCUGGUAAGCUAGGCCAUGAAAUGACAAUAUCCAAGUUAUACUGCUCUCUAAUGAGAGUUGAUAUUAUAGGCACUCAUCAGAUAUGACUGUAGCUAUGGAAAAUAAAGAGGCCAAUAAAGUUAUAGCUGAAAUAUUUUUCUCAACAAAUUUAGUUGACACUUGUCUUGAUAGGGGUCCGUGUACCUUCCGUUUAUUGAGAGGCGAAAACACAAGUUAAAUCACUAAGUAAUUAUGUUGGUAGGCUUACACGAUUAAAACACUAUGUUUUUGGUCUUUUGACCUACACGCUUUUGAUUAAAAAAUGAUCAUAAAUAAUGUAAAAAAUAAUGAUAAUAAAUAAAUGAUUUCACUUGCAUACUGCAGGAUGGAAAUGAAUGAUUAUUCACCUGAAUGUGGGUUCGUAGGUUUGUGUUCGAUGUCUUGGAUGUGGACAACAGUUUUGUUUUUGGCUGGCAGAGCAAACAUUUAAACACGUAUUUUUUAUCUGAAACUUCGGUAAGUCUCAUAUAUUUGUUAAGAUAAGGCCACGGUGAUGUAAGGUCAGUUGACUCUUGGCGGUCACGUUCUCCUCCCGUCUCCUCCUCUUCCAUCCUCUGUAUUGUCUAUUGUGUGUGUGUGUGCAUAGGAAAGAAAUGUGUGUCGUUCUGCGAGUUCAGUUCCACUGCCGUAGGCUGCGCAUGCGCAUGAUUCGAUAGGCAGACACAGACAGUGGAGGCAGAAUGGAAGGUCGUGCAUGAACAUGACUAACAACCUGAAACUUUAUUUCACUGUAAUUGUUGUUUCAACAACAUAGGCAUAACAAACCCGUUUUCUGUUCUCAGUCAUAUCCUGGUAUUUGUAGCUUUUGCGGACGCUACGUCGCUACUUGAUCAAAAAAACAACUUAACUACAGGAAAGUUACUUGAUUCAUAAAGCAGCGACGCUACGGCCAAGCUACUGGAAAAUGUAGUUUAACUAAUAGCUUCGCUACAUGUAGCGGCGCUACUGCCCAUCACUGACUAAAAGUCAUAUCUCGUAAUUUUUUAACUGAAUGGCGAUACUCAAUAUAUAUUGAUGUUUUUUCUGUUGCCGGAUAAUUUCAUACAUCUACUUUUCAGACCCUCUAGCCAUUUGUUUUUUCCCUAAAAGCGACUAACGACAAAUCUAGUGACUUUUUCUGGAGUUAUUGGAGACUCUGACAUGACGACAUCAACGAGCAGCCGGAGACCUGGACAGAGGGAGAGGAGAAAUAAAAGCGAACUGGCGGCUCAAGGAAAGAAAUAUAUAGUCAUUUUAAUGCAAAAAAUAUAUAUCGAUGUUAACGAUAUGGUCUUAUGCUAUAUCGUGUUUGAAAAUAUAUCGAUAUAGAUUAAAAUAUCGAUAUAUCACCCAGCCCUGAUCUGCACCCUACCAUCCUGGGCCUGAAAGCCUCCUCUUCCUGGUGGUCCAAGGCACCUCUGGUACAAACACCAACUCUUUGCUCUGAGCUCAAAGUCUGGGUAACCUGGAUAACAAACUAAGCUAACAUGAGCUAACAGCAGCUACAGUUUGCAGCAGUUUACUUCACUAUCCAUCAGGAAACUCUGUAAAUCAGAGAGAGUUGAGGCGGAGCAGCUGGAAGACAUAGAGGGAAAACCAGAAAACAUGUUCUACAUAAAAUAUGAUCCACUUUCACCAAAAUGAAAUAGUUCUGUUAGUACUGUAAAGCAUGGGGGUGUGGCCUCAACUCAGAAGGAGUGAAGGAGUGACUGACCACUGCUCAGUGUAUCAGGAACAGUUAGCUGGUAGUUGUCUGUGUCUGAAAGUAAGUGAGUCUGCUGAAGCGUUGACAGUAAGUAGAAGUAUAUUUAUGUAACCCUGUUAUAGCUAAGCUAGCAUCUGUGUUGUUGUCAACGGUUUAGAGACAAUAACUCUCGCAGCACUUCCAUGUUUGUCUUUAGGUGGAGUGCCAGUGUGUCGGAUCAUCAGCCAGCCAGCCACCUCUUGCUGUGUACCUUCUCUUUCAGCUUUAAACAGUCUUUCUUUGUUUAACAUUGCUGUUUUGUUUUUUUUACUUGAAUCUUGGUGGUUAGGCUACUCCAGCCUACUGCACACAAGCUAUCUGCAAGAGUCUAUUGUGCUUGUGUCUAUUUCCUUUUCAACAAAAAGGGAGAAGAAAACGUGCCACAUGUACUCUUGCCUCUCGCUCUCAAUUAUGCCAAUAGGGAGUGCCAGUGGAGCAUAAUAACUAAGCGGAGUAGUUAUCCUAAUGUUGUCAGUGUGUCUUUGUUUCUUAAUGAUUCUCUCUCUCUCUCUGUAUUCUCUCUGUAACUCAUCUGUUUUUUUCAAGGUGUGUGCCUGUUAACCAAUAUACUUCAAACUUUGCAUGAACAGUGAGAGUCCCAAACAGUCCUUAUGAGCAGCACUUAUUCCACAUCUCUCCUCUAAUGGUGUUCAGUACCCUGACUUGUAUUGUCUUGUGAUGUUUCUCCAUCUGUCUGCUCCCCUUCAUCCAGCCCUAUCCUAGUAGCCCUACCGCAGGGUGUUUGGUUCUCGUGGUGGGUGAAGUACCUCUUCAGCAAUCAUGUCGGGCUUCAAUCUGCUGCAUCUAAUAACCAAGGGCCAGCCUGUAGCUCUGAAGUCCUGCAGUCUUCCUUCAGGAGCAUGUAGAUCUAAAAAGACGUGGCCAGUAAGCUUUCCUCAGGAGGAACUGAGGAAACGUCUCACACCAAUCCAGUACCAUGUUACCCAGGAGAGAGGAACGGAGAGUGCCUUCACUGGAGAGUUUGCACACCAUAAAGAUGAGGGGACCUACACAUGUGUUGUCUGUGGGGCACCACUGUUCAGCUCCAACACUAAAUUUGACUCAGGAUCAGGCUGGCCAUCCUUCUUUGAUCUUGUGAAGGAAGAGUCCAUCACGCGGUCAGAUGAUUUCUCCUAUGGGAUGCACAGAGUGGAGACCACCUGCAGCCAGUGUGGAGCUCAUCUGGGGCACCUGUUUGAUGAUGGACCAAAACCCACAGGAAAACGCUACUGCAUUAACUCAGCCUCAUUGGCUUUUCAGCCCAAACAAGAGACUCUCUCAACCUUUACCUCUGCAGAUGAGGGUGGAGCUGCCUGCAACUCAGUGGGUAAUGGGAAAACUGAGCUCUGAAAGAAAGACUCAAGAUCUACCGCAUAAUUACUGUGCCUGUGUACUGUAGCACCUACUGUACAUAAAAUAGUUUGUAUAGAUAGGUUUGUGUUUUUGAGCCACAGUGUGAAGAAUGAAAGGAAGAAAGGUACUUUCCAAAGUACACUCCACAGUGGACGCUUCCAAACAAACAGCCAUUUUGUAACCACAGUCAAAGCUGCAAAAAAAACAAAAACAACUAUAUAUAAUAUAUAUAUAUAUAUUAUAUAUAUAUAUAUAUAUAAUAUAUAUAUAUAUAUAUAUAUAUAUAGAUAUCCAAGUUUAGACACAUAAAAUGCAGAACUUUUGAUACUCCAGCUUAAAAUAUUUUAUUACAGUAAAUUUUCGAAGUGAUAUUUGAUACCGAGAGGUUGAUUCAAUGAAGCUGACUAUGCAAGUUCUACACAGGCAGUGAUAGAGCAUGCUGUGUUGUAUUGUGGACAAAUAAUUCACUGUGGUUUUUAGCUUACUUCUCGUAAUGUUUUGUUAUUUAGUUCUCUUCACUAGGAAAAACAGCUUGCAUUAAAACUGUCAAUGCGUGAAUAAAAUAUCUAAGAACACUGAA